AUGACUGACCAUAAUGAAAACCCGGCUUUAUUAACAUUCAAUAAUAAUAAUCCUUCAACUAUAAAUAAUCACACUACAACCGUUAAUCCAAUAAUUUCUAGUAGAGGUUUCUCGGAAAGUUCAAGUGGAUCACAUUACUCAGACGAAGAAUAUGAAACUUGGGCAAAAAUUGAUAAUGAAUUAUCAACACUUGAUCAAGCUUCUCAUUCAGAAGAAAAUCUUUUUGAUCCCAUAAAUCUUUCAUUUAAAUUAAAUGAUUAUCACAAAAAAAAUAUUUAUAAAAAUGACGAUAAUAAUAAAACUAUUUAUGAGGAUGAUGAUAACAAUAAAAUUAUUUAUGAAGAUAAUAAACCUAUUUAUAAUGAUGAUAGAACUGUUUAUAAUAAUAAAACUGUUUACACAGAUGACAAUAAUAAUAAAACUAUUUAUCCAGACGGUGAUGAUAAUAAUAAUGAAGAGGGCAGUGAUAAUGAAGAUAAUAAUCACUCAUCAUCAUCACCACAAAUAAAACUACUUGAUGAUAAUGAUAUUUCAGAAAAUAAACACUUGUUAAUUACUAAAUCGAAAAAGAAUGAUAAUUUAUCCGCAAGUGACAUCAAGCAAAUUAAAACUAGAAAUCAAAGAAAAAAUGCUUAUGAAGAAACAGGAAUAUUGCAAUGGUUAAGAUUAAAUAUCGGAAAAGAGCCACCAGAUAUCGUUAAAAGUAACUAUUUUUUGAAUAGACAUAGCAGCAUAAGCAAAACUCGUUCACCUAUACCACCACUUAAUAUGCCGCCGCCUGUAAUGAAUGAUCCUACCGCUAACGCUAAAACCACUAACCCACCUUUCUCCCCCUCCUCCUCUUCAUCUACUAAAAACAACAAUAAAUUUGCUACUGUAAUUUCACCAAAACGUCGUAGAUUUAGUUUUCAAGCAAUUACAUCUAGACUUAGUGUAGGCUCAUUCGCACCUAUUUCACCUUUUCCUAAAACAAUUGAAGAAAAUAAUAAUAACGAUUCAUCCAAUUCGACUAUAGUUGUUGAUGAAAAGGCUUUAAAUAAAUUAUGUGAUGUGUUGCCAGAUGCCGAGAGAGAAGUUUUGGCAAGAUAUUUAAGAGCAGUAGGCGGAAAAGAUGAAUUAUUGGCUGUGGGACUUUAUAUGAAAGAUUUAAAAAGUAAUAACGAAACAUAA